AAAUAGCAUUCUGUGUGAGAUUCGCCAAGGUUGCGUUAAUUGUUGAGUUGAAACUUUGGAUUUAUCGUAAGAGGACGUGGUUCAUGUAAGAUUACCAUGCGAGGUUUAUUAAUAUGUCACAGUAAUAGCCAAGCUCUAGCACGUUUGUGCAUUCGCCCAUGUACUUCAUUCGCUCAAUCUCGAGGCGUCCAUGAUUCGUAUUUACCCUCUGGUCGGGGGGGUAGGUCCUCGUUUAGCGGGGUUGUUGCCACGGUGUUCGGACCGACGGGUUUCAUCGGGUUGUCGGUGGUCAACCACUUGGCUGCAAUUGGAAGUAGCUUGGUUCUUCCAUAUCGAGGAACGUUUGAGCGAGUUCAACGGCAUAAGUUGAUGAGCGACCUCGGUCAGAUGCAUGUUCGGGAAAUGUUCAACUCCAACGCAAGUGAUGAUCGCGUGAGGGAACUCAUCGAACAUUCGAACGUUGUCGUUAAUUUGAUCGGCUCGACUAAACCUUACAGAUUUUACUCCAUGGAGGAAGUUAACGUAACUUGGCCGACGCGUCUAGCACAACUAGUGGCGGAAAAGAACGACGGGACGCGUUUGAUUCAUUUGUCGCGGUUGAAUUGCCACUCGGAUGAAGCUCGUAAACAUUCGGAGAUACUGAAGCAAAAUUUCGAAGCCGAGCAAAACUUGAAGGAAAUUUACCCGGGGUCGACGAUUGUUCGGUGCUCAAGCGUCCACGGGAAAUACGACAAGUUCACCACGUUCUGGUUGUCCCCUCGGUGGGUAAGUCUUGGUAUGUUGGGUUCACAACCAUUGAUGUACGAAGGUGGGGAAUCUACAAUUAUCCAACCGGUAUGUGUGAGUGAUGUAGCUGAGGGGGUGGCAAGGUUGGCGCGUCACCCCGAUGCUCCUGGACAAACCUUCGAGUUUGUGGGACCCGAUCGUUUCACGUUGAAUGAAUUCCUCGAAUACGUUUACAAUUGUCUCGGUCGCGACUAUUACCCGGGUAAUUCCCUUGGUUCAAUGGAUCGCAAAGAUUCAAAUAUUCUGCAGCAGGUGGUGCAAACGUAUAUGGAUUAUUACUUCUGGAAGAUGGACAAGCCCCGCAUAAGACCGAGGUUCCUCGAUCGACUGACGAGGGAGAACUCGGCACGAGGAAUGUGGAUGACGAGGGAUUUCUUUAAUAUGAUGCAAACAACUGACAGAACAACUGGGGCUCCGGGUCUUCUCGAGUUAGGGAUUUCCCCCGUUGCAUAUGAAGAAUCAGGUUUUGACAGCCUUGGGGUUGCGCAGCAUGAGAACUUCCUUAUAAGGAAACGCGAUAAUAUUAUACGGAAGAAAAGUGGGAUUUUAUUGAAGUUUAACUCAUCACCUGUUCAAUUGGAACACUCCUGGCCAACAUUUUGAUCAAAUCUCUGGCGUUAAGUAUCGCGUAUGGAUCCCAUGUCCUGCGGGAGGUCUUCACCGUCAUUGAACCCUCAAUUAAAUCCAAGAUCCCUUCAAUUUUCUGCAAAACAAGAGUUUUCAAAUUAUUGAGUUUGCCAGAAGUGUAGCAAAAGGAUUUUAUUAAGUGAUGUUUAUUGAUUACCUAAUAGUAAACCCGUAGUUAUUUUUAUGUU